AUGGUAUACCAUCGCCCCGUAUUUAACCUUUUCCAUCGUUUCUUUGCGUCCAUGCGUGUCCUGAAUGUAGCCGAAAAGAACGAAGCAGCAAAAAAUAUAGCUGCGAUACUUGGCCAGGGCCGUGCGACCCGCCGAGAGGGUUGUUCUAGAUUUAAUAAAAUUUACGAGUUUUCAAUGGAUCUCAAUGGCUCAAAUUGUUUGUUCGUGAUGACCUCGGUUUCAGGCCACCUUCUAAAUUUCGAUUUUUCUCAGUCGUUUCGGCAUUGGGAUUCUUGCGAUCCUUUGGCCCUUUUUGAUGCUCCCAUCGUAAAGAAGUGUACAGAAGAGUACGAACCAAUUAGGCGGACUCUGGAACGCGAAAUCAAAAAGUGUUCACAUCUCAUAAUCUGGACGGAUUGCGAUCGUGAGGGUGAAAAUAUUGGCAUGGAAGUUGUUGAAGUCUGUCAACGGGUUAAAUCGUCCAUCCACAUUUCUCGGGCUCGUUUCUCCGAGAUUACGCCUGUUGCUAUCACUCGUGCUGUCAACAAUUUGACGACUCUUGACGAACGCGUAAGUCAAGCAGUCGAUGCACGUCAAGAACUCGAUCUUCGCAUUGGUGCUGCUUUUACGCGCUUCCAAACUCUUCGUUUGAAACGUGUCUUCCCUCGUGCUCUUGCUGAUCAGCUCGUUUCCUAUGGAUCCUGUCAGUUUCCAACUCUCGGUUUUGUGGUUGAACGCUUUCGUGAAGUGGAAAGCUUUAUUCCAGAACCUUUUUGGAAGAUUACCAUUGAGGUGGUGAGGGAAGGAGAAGACUCUCGAGCUAUUUUCCAGUGGAAGAGGGGUCGCCUUUUCGACCGAGCCUGCUGUACCGCCUAUCACGAGCACUUGUUAGAGAACCCCAUUGGAAGGAUUGUUCAUGUGCAACAGAGGCCAAAAUCGAAGUGGCGGCCUUUACCGAUGGACACAGUAGAGAUGGAGAAGCUAGCUUCACGGAAACUACGGAUCGGUGCCAAAGAAGCCAUGCAAUUGGCAGAGUCAUUAUACACCAAAGGUUAUAUUUCCUAUCCUCGAACGGAAACGAAUUCGUUUCCAAAUGAGUUGGACUUAAAGCCGCUAGUGGAGGCCCAAACACAGGACAGUCGAUGGUCAGAUUUUGCUUGGAAAUAUCUGGCUGCGGGACUGCGACCAAGGAAUGGAAAGAAAUCUGACCAGGCGCAUCCUCCCAUUCACCCCUUGAAGGCUGGUACUAAUCUUCAAGGCAAUGAGGCACGACUGUAUGAACUCAUCACACGUCAUUUCCUUGCCUGUGUCUCAGAGGAUGCCAAGGGUGCAGAGACGACAGUGCGCCUGUUGAUGGGUGCAGUAGAUUCAACUGCAGCAUCUUCAUUGGAGUCGGGUGAGGUGUUUGAAGCACGGGGACUGGUCAUCCACAGUCGAAACUAUCUGGAGGUGUACUAUCCCUACGAGACUUGGAGCGAACGCCAUAUGCCUGGUUUUGAAUUGGGAGAGAUCAUCACUCCAGACAAGAUAGAAAUGACUGAAGGCAGUACAACGGCACCAAAUCUCCUGACUGAAGCAGAUCUGAUUGCUUUGAUGGACAAAUAUGGCAUUGGAACCGACGCCACACAUGCGGAGCACAUAGAGACGAUCAAGAAACGCGCGUAUGUUGGUUUACAGGAUGCCAAAUUCUUGGUGCCUAGCCAACUCGGCAUGGGGCUUGUGGAGGGUACGCUCUUUGCAGGCUACGAUUCAAUGGAUCUGGCUGUUGCAAAGCCCUGCUUACGCGCAGAUCUAGAGGUAGACUUAAAGGCGUAA